GAGUUAGGCCGCGGCCGCCUCCGCCGGGCGAUUGUGACGACGAGGAGGAGGAAGAGGAGGAAGGAGAAGGAGGAAGGAGAGGAGCGGCGGCGGCUUCGUUUUUUGAGGCGCCUUGUGGAGGGCGGGAAGGGAGAGGGAGGCAGGCGAGGCUCCGGCUGAGGAGGGAGAGGGUGAGGGAGGCAGGCCGGUCCCAGGAUGAGAGUCGCGUUGCCUCAGCCGCCGCCGGCUUUCCUGGCGGUGUUGGUGGCGUGGCUGGCCCUGAGGGGCCCGUCGGCCCUUUGCGGGGCCUUCUACCUGCCGGGCUUGGCCCCCGUCACCUUCUGCGAGCCCCCGCCGCCUCAGCUGGAAGGCAGCGCCGGCUGCAAGUCACAAAUUGAAUUGUUUGUCAACAGACUGGACUCAGUUGAAUCAGUUCUGCCGUAUGAAUAUGAUGCUUUUGACUUUUGCCAAGAUGCCACAGAAAAACGACCUUCGGAAAACCUUGGACAAGUGCUGUUUGGAGAGAGAAUAGCCUCAUCACCGUACAAGUUUACAUUUAACAAAGAAGAAAAAUGCAAGGCAGUCUGUAUGAAAUCCUACGACCCAGCAAAAGCAGAAGACAAAAAUCGGCUGGAUUUUUUGAAGAAAGGAAUGCAGUUGAAUUACCAGCAUCACUGGAUUAUAGAUAAUAUGCCUGUUACUUGGUGUUACGAUGUGGAAGACGGACAAAAAUUCUGCAACCCAGGAUUUCCAAUUGGAUGCUUUGUUGCUUCAGAUGGCCGAGCCAAAGAUGCCUGCAUUAUCAGUUCCGAGUUCAACAAGAAGAAUACUUUCUAUCUCUUCAACCACGUCGACAUUACAAUCUCGUACCACAGCGGAAAGGAUGAGAACUGGCCCGGAGCUCGGCUCGUCACAGCUCGGCUGGAGCCCAAAAGUUACAAACAUACAGAUAUGAAGAAAUUAACCUGUGAAGGACCCCCAAUGGAAAUUCCUGCAGACUUCACUGGCAAGUUGGAUGUGAUCUAUUCUUAUUCUGUGAAAUUUGAAGAGAACAAUAAUAUUAAGUGGGCCUCCAGGUGGGACUACAUUCUAGAGUCAAUGCCCCAUACCAAUAUCCAGUGGUUCAGCAUAAUGAAUUCCCUUGUGAUCGUUCUCUUCUUAUCGGGAAUGGUGGCCAUGAUUCUCCUGCGGACGCUGCAUAAAGAUAUAGCAAGAUACAACCAGAUUGACUCGUCAGAAGAUGCCCAGGAGGAGUUUGGGUGGAAGCUGGUCCACGGGGACGUCUUCCGGCCUCCUCGAAAAGGCAUGCUGCUCUCUGUCUUCCUGGGUCAAGGGACACAGAUUUUCAUAAUGACCUUCAUCACCUUGUUCCUUGCAUGCUUGGGUUUCCUUUCGCCUGCUAACCGAGGGGCCUUGAUGACUUGUGCGGUUGUCCUCUGGGUCUUGCUUGGGACCCCAGCAGGCUACGUCUCUGCCCGAAUGUACAAAACCUUUAGAGGUGAAAAAUGGAAGACCAAUGUGUUGCUGACGGCUCUCUUGUGUCCUGGAAUCGUCUUUGCGGAUUUCUUCAUUAUGAACCUCAUUCUGUGGGUGAAGGGAUCGUCUGCCGCCAUCCCCUUUGGCACGCUGCUUGCCAUAUUGGCCAUGUGGUUUGGAAUAUCUGUGCCCUUAACUUUUAUCGGUGCCUACUUUGGAUUCAAAGAGAAGCCCAUCGAGCACCCCGUGCGUACCAAUCAGAUUCCGCGUCAAAUCCCAGAACAGUCAUUCUUCACAAAGCCCCUCCCUGGCAUCAUCAUGGGUGGCAUCUUACCCUUCGGAUGCAUUUUCAUCCAGCUGUUUUUCAUUCUCAAUAGCAUUUGGUCUCACCAGAUGUACUACAUGUUUGGCUUCCUGUUCUUAGUCUUCAUCAUCCUCCUGAUCACGUGUUCCGAGGCCACGGUCUUGCUGUGCUAUUUCCAUCUCUGUGCCGAGGACUACCACUGGUGGUGGAGAUCCUUCUUAACCAGCAGCUUCACGGCCGUCUAUCUGUUCAUCUAUGCAGUCCAUUAUUUCUUCUCCAAACUCCAGAUCACAGGGACGGCCAGCACCAUUUUGUACUUUGGAUACACAAUGAUCAUGGUCUUGAUUUUCUUUCUUUUCACUGGGACGAUUGGAUUCUUCGCCUGCUUCUGGUUUGUUAGUAAGAUUUACAGUGUCGUGAAAGUGGACUGAAGGGUUUCCGUGUGGAUCGUGACCGUCUCUUUUCACUUGCUGGAUUACAGAUAUCUAUAGAUCAGAUAUAUAGAUACAUAUAUCUAUAAACCAUGUACUGAGGAUAAACAUAACAUCUAAAAAUAGAAACAUGCUGUCUUAGCACCAAAAAGAAAACUUUAAAUGGAACAAGACCUAAGGAAUACGGACAAUUCUGAUGAACUUGACUUGAAUUGCUCUUUGCAAAUGCCACCCUGAAAGUUAUGGUUAUUCAGAGUUGAAAGAGUGAGACCAGUUUAACGACUCAAACCCGUGCGUUACAGCCACCCCAGUCGCUGAAAUUUCUCCAGGAAAAAAAAAAAACUUUUUUGCACACCUAUGUGAUUCUGCCACCCUCUAGGACGCUCCAGAAAACUCUUAGUUAUAAAAAAAGUGACAUUUUAAUUUAAAAGGAAAAAAAAGAGUAUGAUUGUACAUAAUAUUUUGCAUCAUCUUUGCAGGUAGCUGGUCACCUUAUAUGAACAUGCAAGCAUUCAUUGUUGAGCCCAGAUUGCUGGAGAAGGGGAGUAACAUCCCAUCAGUUUCUUUGUUUUAAAUAAAACUAUAUAAUUCCAGCAGA